AUGUACUCUUCAGUUUUAGCUUAAUCUGUUUAGACCAACACCUACUAGGGAAGAGGAAGUUUUUCAAAUGCUGACUAAGAGUCGCUUGAGGAAACAUAAGAGUACUAAAAAACUAGUGCAGUUAGUUUUGCUAGAAACUCAAACAUUUUGUCUAAUAUGAAUAAGUAUGGAAUACCGAUUCUACCGAAAGGAAAUUAAGCAUUAGCAGAGGAUGAUGAUCCUUUUGAUGCGUAUAUGAGAUAGAUUGAAAAUUAAGCAACUUUAGAGAAUGAAUAAACUCUUAAACACUAGUAAGAACUUGAAGAGAAAGCUCUUAAAAAACUCUUAAAGAAAGAUGGCAAGGGUGUACUAACAGGAAAUCCCUUAGACAAAGAUGAAAUAGAGAAUGAGGUUGCAGAAGACAUUGAUGCGAAAAAUGAUAGUUUUAAGCACAAAAAGAUUGAGUAAUUUCAUAGUAAGAACUUCAAAUAUGAUGACUCUGAUGAAGAAGAUGUAAAACCUAUUUUAAAAAUAUUAUGCUUAUAGGCCUAUAUGAAAAACCCUAGAGGUGGUGAUAUGGAUGAUUUAGAUGAGGAACUAAUUAAUAAACAGGAAAAAAUAUUGGAUGAAAAUGGGCAAAUCGAUUAUGAGAAACUAAGGCUGAUGGAGAAAAAAGGAAUUUAAGCAUUGCAAGCACUGGAUCAUUCCUAGAUUGAAUAUGAUUAGUUUGAGAAGAAUUUUUAUAAAGAGCAUCCAGAUAUUACAAAUAUGAGUUUUGAUUAGAUCAACUCCAUAAGGAGAGAGUUAUUAAUCAGGGUAGAGGGAGAAAGAGUUCCAAGACCAUUCACUGCUUUCAAUCAUUUGCUUGUUGAUUAAUGGAUCAAAGAUUAAAUCAAUAAGGUUGGCUAUGAGAAGCCAACACCUAUUUAAAGCUAGGCUCUGCCUUGUACUCUACAAGGUAGGGAUGUUAUAGGUAUUGCAAAAACAGGCUCAGGAAAGACUCUAUCUUACCUUAUUCCAAUGCUAGUUCAUAUCUUGGAUUAAAGACCUUUAGAAAAAAAUGAAGGACCUAUUGGUUUGGUUAUGGCUCCCACAAGAGAACUCUGUCAAUAAAUAUACAAUGAAUAUAAAAAAUAUGCAAAGAGAUAUAAUGUGAAUGUGCUUCCUAUUUUCGGUGGAGUUAACUAACAUCAAAUCUGGAAAGAUAUUAAAGCAGGAAGAAAUGAAAUUAUAAUAGCAACACCUGGAAGAUUAAUAGAUAUGAUCAGGAAAAAGGCAUUCAAUUUGGCAAGUAGAUGCACAUUUUUGGUUAUCGAUGAAGCAGACCAAAUGUUUAAUAUGGGUUUUGAAUAUCAAAUUAGGUCGGUAGUUGGACAAAUAAGACCAGACAGAUAAACACUACUUUUUUCUGCAACUUUCAAGUAGUAGACAUAAAAUCUCUGCAGUGACAUAUUGAUUGAUCCAAUUAAGAUUAUAAUCGGUAAAGUCGGAGUCUCUAAUGAAGAUAUAAGUCAGACAGUGCUUAUAUUCAAAAAGGAUAUGGAUAAAUUAUAGUGGCUAAUUGAAUCUCUUGGUAAUUUUCUCAUUAGAGGGAAUCAAGUGCUAAUAUUUGCAAAUCAAAUUUAAACUGUAGAGUAACUAGAGAAAGAUCUAGCUGUGGUGUACAGAACUAAGGGUCUAGCAUGCUUACAUGGAGAUAAGACAUAAUUUGAAAGAACUCAUAUUUUUGACAGAGUCAAGAAAGGAGAGAUUAAUAUACUUAUAUCUACUAAUGUUGCCAGCAGAGGGUUGGAUAUUCCGAAUAUAAAAACUGUCAUUAACUAUGAUUGCGCCAAGGAUAAAGAUGAUCAUGUGCAUCGUAUAGGCAGAACAGGUAGAGCUGAUGAUAAGGAAGGAGUUGCCUACACUCUCAUCACUAAAAAUGAGUCAAGCAAAGCUACUAUGCUGAUAAAGAUCCUUGAGCAAUCUAAUCAAAUAGUUAGUGAAGAACUUGAGGAGUUAGCAUUGAGUGAUCCGAAUUUCAGAAAGAGCAGAGUGACUAUUGGCAUAAAGAAUUUCAAUAUGAAGAUUAAUGUUGCUAAGGAGUCAAAAGAGAUGAAGAAGAAUGCUAGAAAGAUUGGAGAUAGAACUGGAAUCGGCUUCAGUACUAAUGAAGGAAACAAUGAUGAAACUGAAACUAAGAAAAUGAAUGCAUAGCAAAAAAGAUCAGCAGAUCUUGCAUUCAAAGAGGAGAUGAUAAAUCAGAAGAUAGCGAGGGAGGCUUAAUUAUUAUUUUCUCAGAAUAAUGGUGGAAAUAUUCUUGAUCAUAUGGAUGAAUACUCAGAGAGAUUCAAAGACACCAUGAAGAUGCAAUUCAAUCAGACAUUUGUCUCUUCUGGCAAGGUAUAAACAACAACUAAGGAGGCAACUGUAACAUUUGUUACUAAGGGAGACAAUGCAACAAGAGAGAUUGUCAGGCUAGAGGAACUUGAAACUCCUUAAAUUAGUACAGAGAUUUACUAAAUAAAGAAAGCUUAGGGCUCAAGAAAUCUUUAUAGAGAUUAUAGAGGAGAUAGAAGAAGAUCUUAAAGUAAAGAUAAAAAAAGAAAGAGAAGUAGAAGUAGCAGUUAUAGUAGCAGUUCAAGCAGCAGAAGUAGAAGUAGAGACAGAAGAAAAAGAAGAUCUUCAAGUAGAGAUCGAAAUAGUCUUUCAACCAAAAGUCAUAGAAAUUCUGACCCUUAUCAUAGAAAUUAAACCAAAACAGAUAGACAUUACUCUGAUAGAGAUAAAAAAGAAAGCUAUAGAAGUCAAAGACAUGAAUCAAAUAAGAAUAAUUACUCUUCCUCAUCAAAAAGUGAAAAGCACAGAAUAAGAGGUGAUUAUCAUGACAGUAAAUCUAGAUCAAGAAGUAGAGAUAAAUAUAGAGAGAAUAACUUUGAUAGAUAAGGUGAAGCUAAACAGCAGGAAAAUACUAGGAAAAGAAUCAGUAAAUGGGAUAUCAAACCAUAGGAUUCUUGA